AUGGGUGGUGAUGCUCCGGAGACUGGUGAUUUAGAGGCAGCGGCGGCUGAGCAGGAGCCACCCGAGCAACUUCCGCCGGACCAACAGCCACGUCCUCCGCGGGUGCUGCCCAGAGCCUGCCUUGAUGACCCAGCUAGUGUGGAGGUGCCGUACUGCAUGCGGUUGGAGGCGGAUCUGCCCAACCGCACUAUGCUGGUCGGCGUUGGUGUUGCAGAACGCAUCUUCGUAUGCAACACCUGCCACAAGGCCUUGAGUGCCCGACGAGUUCCCGAAGCUGCGCUGGCGCGCCUGGACCCUGGCGAUGUGCCGCGCGUCAACCAUCUGGGCGACCCUCUGCCGUCGCCCACUUUCCUGGAGGGACAGCUUCUGGGCCGCGGUCGCAUCAUCCAGCAGUUGCUCAUCAUGUACCUGGCAGACCGACUGCCGGACGUCUUCCCACGUGCUGUAAAGACUCACGGCAUUGGGGUCGUAAAUCCUGACCCGAAUAUGCUGCGAGCACAACUGCCGGCGCGGGCGUCCGACCUGGCCGGCGCUAUCACGGUUGUGUGUGUCGACCAGGUUCGCAACCGGGCGGAGCUGCUGGAACACGUGCAAAAGGCGCCAGGUCUACAGCACAACGACGAGGAGGAGCUGGCUGUUGAUGAGGAUGCUCUGCAGGAGUACGAAUGCAUGGGCUGUGCUGCAGGUGUGCGGCAGUUCCAGGACGUGGUGGAAGCGGCUGUUCGUGAUGGCAAUCUUGCCGAUGCAACUGUGGCACCUGACGUGGAUCCUGUAGGACCGGUGCAGCCAACGCUGGCGGAUCCGACCCUGGAUGCAGGGCAACUUGCCGAUGCCCGGGCGCCUGACGUGGAUCCUGCGGGACCGGUGCAACCUACGCUGGCGGAUCCGACCCCGAUGCAGCCUGACCUGCCGGAUAGGCUGGACUCUUGCAGCACACUCGCCUGUCCCGCUGGUGAUGUGUUCUACUACUCCCCCGUGUAUGUUAUUGAGUGCAGGGCAACUUGCCGAUGCAACUGGGCGCCUGACGUGGAUCCUGCGGGACCGGUGCAACCUACGCUGGCGGAUCCGACCCCGACUGCAGGGCAAUAUCCCGGACCGGGGCCAUUCACUGCCAUCCUGCGUGGACCUGUCGACCAGCCAGUUGAAGAUGCACCAGUCGAUCCGGCAGCUGCCACUCUGGACGAGCUGGAGCUCAUCCUGCCACAGCCGUCAAAUGUUGGCGAUGAUGGCAGCGAAAUCGACCGCUUCCCGGGCCGAGUGGAGGACCUUCUGACUGGCCGUGCACGGCUUGUGUUUGCAGCUGGUGGCCGUGACAGCCACGUGCUGGAUGACCGUCAUCCCGCCAUCCUCACCCUCUGCUUCCCCCAGUCCUUCCCGUACGGCUUUUCUGGUCAGCGUCCCCGCGGCAUGUCUUUUCCGGCGUAUUGUCGCCACCUGCUGCACCGUGUGCCACGUACACAAUUCGGCGGCAAUCUCAUGCUGCUGGCACGCAUGUACGACAUCUGCGUGCGCCACGAAAGCAUGGCACAAGUGGGCAUUACCAUGAACAUGCGGCCGCAUCUUGGCGAACCAGCAGCGCGUGUGCCGCGUGAUAUCAUCCGUGCUAUGGGCACCAUACUGGCGCUGCCGUAUCGGCACUCACAGCGGCGGCAGCUGCUUGCGCAGCAAUCGCCGCUUGUUAAGGCGCUGGUGGAGGGCGCCCGCCUCAGUACUCUGCGCCUCGACCUCACAGACGCGUAUUACAACGGUGCCCGAUCCAAGAUGCGUGCAGCCGCCCUCACCAUUGGCUGGCCCCCGCUGUUCUUCACCAUAAACCCGGCAGAUAUGCAUGCAGCCUGUGCAGUCGUGGCCUCCGGACAGGUGUUGGACUUCGAUGAUGACGGACGACCGCAACAUAUCCCGAGCACGGUGGAGAAGUGGCGGCGUGUGAAGGAUGACCCAUACAGUUGCGCUGCCCUGCUGGUGGCCACCAAGGAGGUUCUGGUGGAGGAGCUCUUCGGCUUCGCGCCGGGCGCCAUGCAGCAGACAAAUCCGCGCUGCUUCUGCGGGCUCACGUUUGAGGUGGCGGUCAAGCCGCCCAGCAUCGACGACACCAUCGAGCUGUUCACACUUGCCCCCCACCAGGCCGUGCCCUUCAUGCUCAUGGCUCGGUACUUCGAUCGCCGUGAUGAGCCCAACCCUGGCGACCCACCGCAGAUGCUUGUGGAGGGCAAGCCCGGUACCGGAAAGAGCCAGUUCGUACAAGCGCUCCUGUGGUACACCUUCCAGCAUGGCUGCCCGCACUGGGCGGCCACCUGCGCCUACUCAUGGGCUGCUGCAACUGCCUUCAGCACGCCGGUACAUCGCAGCCUCUCUACCCACGCCAUGUUCGCCCUAUCUGCUGGCAGCAACCGAGCGGACAGCGUCAGGAAAGGCAGCGCAGCCAGCCUACAGGUGCAUCGUAAUGUCGGCGAUGCUGCCGAUGCCGGGGCGAGCCACAACAACGAGGUGGAAGCCUGCAGCCUGCUUGAGGAUGGCCGCGAGCCAGCAGAUGACGGCCGUGGCCCCUACCGCAGGCUCAAGUACCUUCCAGCGGCCGUCAUUGUGCGGCCUAUAAGCGGCCACAUCCCCGGCACCGUGCUGCAGGGCCUUGGAGACUACGCCAGCAGGGGUGGUGCCUUCAUCCUGUCACCCCGGGCGUCUUGCAUUGCCGAGGUGGAGAUGCCUGCCGCCGGGUAUGGCACCAUCACAAAGCAGAUCCGGCGCCUCAACGUGCCGCUCGGCGACCGCCAGGCGGUCACCGAUUACUUCCCGCCCAGCAUCGACGACACCAUCGAGCUGUUCACACUUGCCCCCCACCAGGCCGUGCCCUUCAUGCUCAUGGCUCGGUACUUCGAUCGCCGUGAUGAGCCCAACCCUGGCGACCCACCGCAGAUGCUUGUGGAGGGCAAGCCCGGUACCGGAAAGAGCCAGUUCGUACAAGCGCUCCUGUGGUACACCUUCCAGCAUGGCUGCCCGCACUGGGCGGCCACCUGCGCCUACUCAUGGGCUGCUGCAACUGCCUUCAGCACGCCGGUACAUCGCAGCCUCUCUACCCACGCCAUGUUCGCCCUAUCUGCUGGCAGCAACCGAGCGGACAGCGUCAGGAAAGGCAGCGCAGCCAGCCUACAGGUGCAUCGUAAUGUCGGCGAUGCUGCCGAUGCCGGGGCGAGCCACAACAACGAGGUGGAAGCCUGCAGCCUGCUUGAGGAUGGCCGCGAGCCAGCAGAUGACGGCCGUGGCCCCUACCGCAGGCUCAAGUACCUUCCAGCGGCCGUCAUUGUGCGGCCUAUAAGCGGCCACAUCCCCGGCACCGUGCUGCAGGGCCUUGGAGACUACGCCAGCAGGGGUGGUGCCUUCAUCCUGUCACCCCGGGCGUCUUGCAUUGCCGAGGUGGAGAUGCCUGCCGCCGGGUAUGGCACCAUCACAAAGCAGAUCCGGCGCCUCAACGUGCCGCUCGGCGACCGCCAGGCGGUCACCGAUUACUUCGUGCAAGGCCGCAGCUUCAAAGACGAGUGCUGGCUGGUGGAUCUCGCUGUCCCACCCAACGGCAUCAAGCGCGCCACCCUGUAUGUGCUGCUGACCCGCUUCAAGACGCUGGACCACGUCCGUCUGCUCCGGCCGCUCUACACUACACCGCAUGAGCGCAAGAGGAUAAUCAAGCAGUUCCUCAGUGCGACUAACCUUGAGCCGGACCUGGCCGCCAACCUGCGCCUGCUGAAGCAGGCAGCGCGCGAGACGGAGCAGCGCUAUACAGCCGAUUUCCAGCAUGCGCGACAGCUGGAAGCGCGCUGGACCGGCCCGUCGUUCAAGGCCACCGCAAUCACGCGACCUGGCAGCUGGACCAGGCUCGCAGCCGCGGCGCCCGGAUGGAGGUCGCCGGACCCCAAGCGACAACGCCUAGAGCCUACAUCGUCCUACAAUCUGCGAUGUCGCACCCUGGUGACCAGCAGUAGUAUCGACCCACCGGACGCCAAGCGUCAGAGGCUGGACACGGCUGCGUCCCAGAGCAGCACGUCGACGGUCGGCCCUCCCGCCGUCGCCACGGAUUCAAGGAGCGUCACGUUUCAUGUGACGUUUACGGCCGGCCCCACAGAAACGAAUGAGGACCGCCUCUUUGCCGGCGCCCAGAGCCGCUACGGCAGCUUCAUCGCUGGCGUGAAUACCGCCGGCCAGGGGAUAGUAAUUAUGCAGAUUGACGAUGUCAUCCUCGGCAGGCUGGAGAGCAGCCACGCGUUCGGCCACCGCGUGACGUUCGCCAAUGUGGAUGCAGCUUCCCUGCCGCCUUUCAUAACUUCUCGUUUCGCUGGGGUGACGGUGGGGCAGUUUAAAGUCUCCUCAGCGACGCGGAUUUCCGUGGAGCCCUCCUCCGCUGUCCCAAUGCUCUACAGCGCCAGGCUUCGGUUCCCCGUUUACGAUGUCGGCAGCGACAGGGCCCGCCCCGAAGACAAGCACGCGUCGGAUGGCAGCGCCCUCCUGCUCAUCCCACACGGCGGGAUGUUCCGGGGCGGGCCGUUCCGCAAGUUUAAGGCGUGGGUCGCGUGCGGCAACGGUGACAGUCCCGACGCCGGACGCGUGGAGCUCGCCAUCAGGGAAUCCGCUCCCGACGACUUCGUCGCUCAGCUACAAGCAGCGGCCGAUAGCAGCACGCCCCUUUACGUGUAUGGUGCCAAGAUCAGCCCCUCCAAUAGCAAAGCUUAUAUGAAUAGCGUCCUGCGAUGUAUACUCUGCUUGGUCGACAACGAGGACCCUAAUAACACACGGACCCGACGUACGAGCGCCACUGGAUCCACAUUUCGGCCGCCACAGCUACGCGUCACCACAACGGAUGUCGUGCCAGUACACCGUCCUGCCGCCUAUACGGCGGUGCUGGCUGCUGCCGAUCGCGCGACCAUGCAGGCACCGCGGCUUCUGCCAUUCGCCGUGCACUCGACAGCGGCUCUAGUGUGUAUGGCAGCACGACUGUCCCUGCUCCGUGCGCCUUUGACUGCCCUACUUUGCUUACUUGUUGAGGCGGUGGUAACUGCGCUGUUGCCCGUUGUACUCAUGCUGCCGCCUCGACUUGGAGGCGGCUUCCAACUGGAGAUGAAGGAGCGGCGGCCAGACUCCCGGUCAUGGCGGCUGGGCGGUACACAGCACCUAUUGCUGCCACGUUGGUUGGCCGUGUUGGUGUUCGGCGUGUUGGUCGUCAGCAUCGUUGCCAACGUCAUGCCGGGGGACUACGGCCCCCUCGUGGGCGACGCAGCCCGCGUCUAG